AUGUCGGACAUGAAAGCCAUCGUUGCCGAUACGGCAAGCGGUCUGCACGUCGAAGGCUAUGAGAAGAUCGAGUACGACUUCUCCUUCGUCGACAACGUCUUCGACACCGCGAAGGAUGAGCUGGCGCAGAGCUACAAGAAAUGGGGACGAUGCCUGGCUGUCAUGGAUGCCAACAUUUUCAACGUGUAUGGAGAGCGGAUGCAGAAGUAUUUUGAUCACCACGAGAUUGAUCUCAAGGUGCACAAGACGAUGAUUGGGGAGAAGGCGAAGAGCAUCGAGACUUUCCUGUCGAUUGUCGAUUCGAUGAACAAGUUUGGGAUUUUCCGAAAGGAACCCGUCCUUGUUGUUGGAGGUGGUCUGGUUACGGACGUUGCUGGCUUCGCUUGCGCUGCCUAUCGCCGCAACACCAACUACAUCCGCAUCCCAACCACUGUCAUCGGCUUGAUCGAUGCCUCGGUCUCCAUCAAGGUCGCCGUCAACUACGGUAACUACAAGAACCGUCUGGGUGCCUAUCACGCACCGAUGAAGACCUUCUUGGACUUCACUUUCCUCCGGACACUUCCAGAGGCUCAAAUCCGGAACGGAUUUGCAGAGUUGAUCAAGAUCUCGUCAUGCGCGGACAUCCACACCUUCGACUUGCUGGACAUGCAUUGCGAGCAGCUCAUCAGCACGGCUUUUGGUCGUUCGGACGGUGCUUCAGCGAAGGUGAAGAACGCAGCGGACAUGAUCGAGAAGGACAGCAUCAAGAAGAUGUUGGAGCUGGAAAGCCCGAAUCUUCAUGAGAUUGGUCUGGACCGCGUCAUUGCUUAUGGGCACACGUGGUCACCCCUCCACGAACUCGUCCCAGAUGUCCCUCUCCGCCACGGCCACGCCAUCUCAAUCGACAUGGCCUACUCCGCCACCCUCGCCAACAUGCGCGGCCUCCUCAGCGACUCCGAGCACAAGCGCAUCCUCAACCUAUUCUCCCGCGCCGGCUUGUCCAUGGACCACCACCAGUUCGACGAAGCCAUCCUUGACAAGGGUACUAAGGCUAUCCUGAAGACCAGAGAUGGUCUGCUAAGAGCUGCGGUCCCGAACCCGUUGGGCGAAUGCACGUUCCUGAACGACGUCACGCACGAUGAGCUCUGCGCUGCUCUCAGGAAGCACAAAGAGGUCAUGAAGGACUACCCACGCAACGGCGAGGGUCUUGAGGCUUUCGUUGAUGCGAGUGAUACGGGGUAUACUAUGAACCCGCAGGAGAAGGUGUUGGCUACCAAGACCGACUCUGGGCUGCUAAGAAAGAUUGAUGUGAUCAAUGAUGAGACGGUGAGUGAGGUGAACGGAGCUGCGACGAAUGGGACUGCCGAUGGUAGUGCGAAGGGUGCACCUGUUGCUAAUGGCGUGAAUGGCGCGGAGAAGACGAACGGCAUUGCGAAGACGAACGGUGUGAACGGGGCAGAGAAGGUGAACGGAGUGAACGGUGUUGACAGUGUCAAUGGUGUGCACGCCAAUGGCACGAAUGGCCAUACCGUCACCAACGGGGUCGCACACGACCGAGAAUAG